AUGGCAUUCGGAUCGACACUCUCGCGCUGCUCGCGCAAGCACAUCAGCGCGUACGGCAGCGUGCUUGACCGAUUCAUGGUCUCCAACUCGUCCACCCUCGCCUCUUCCUCCUCCUCCUCGUCCUCCUCGGCUGCCUCGACGUCAUCUUCUCCGUCCGCAUCGUUGUUCGAGGCGACCAAGUCCGAUGCUUCGGGAUGCUGGGCGCCUCCCAAGUACUCGCUGCGUCGCCAGGCGAAGCUCGUCAAGGAGGCCGCACUGACCGGCCAGCUCGCAGCGUUGCCGGAUGGCCCCAAGACCUCGCGCAUCCAGACGAGGCUCACACGGCUCGCGCAGUCGCACGCUGCCGAACAGCAGGCUGCAGAGUACCAGUACACGCCUCAGCACACCGCAACCCCCGUGCGCCCCACCGCACUCGGCCAGCGCUCCGUCAAGCCCAACCAGCGCGUACCCCAGACCGAACACGACGCGGCACUCGCAGCGGCUAGGAGGCUCGUCAAGGACGUCGGGCCGUACGCGGGUAGGGCAAAGGCGUUCAAGGGCAGCAGGGUGGACAAGAACAAGAUCACCCGUGCACAGGCGGUGAACAACAAGCUCGAGGCCAUGCAGAGCACCGUCCGAGAGUGGCACACUUCCCAGACCGAGGCCAAGAACAAGCUCAAGCCCGGGCUUCCUUUCUAG